AUGUUUUUGGAAAGACUCCAAAGAGGCGCCUUCGCCACUUCCCCUUCCUCCGCUGGGUGGCUGUUUGCAAACCCACAAGACCCGGCCAACUUUCCUCGGCGUUUGUUUCUCAGCAUAUCUUCCUCGGCGUAAAAAUGACCCAGCCCGGGAACCAGGGGAGCUUUUGGAGAGAAGCUUCACACCAGAUCCUUGCAGGAGGCUCGGCGGGCCUUGUAGAAAUUUGCUUGAUGCACCCCCUCGAUGUGGUGAAAACCAGGUUCCAAAUCCAACGAGGAAAAACUGAUCCAACUAGUUACAAGAGCUUGGGAGAAAGUUUCAGAACCAUAUUUCGGACCGAAGGAUUGUUUGGUUUCUACAAAGGCAUACUCCCUCCAAUCUUGGCAGAAACACCUAAGAGGGCAGUAAAGUUUUUCACCUUUGAACAGUACAAGAAAUUACUGGGGUAUAUUUCAAUGUCACCAGCAUUGGCAUUUGCCGUUGCUGGCUUGGGAUCUGGAUUAACAGAAGCUGUUGUGGUGAACCCUUUUGAAGUGGUCAAGGUUGGUCUACAGGCAAAUCGGGAUGCUUUUGCAGAGCAGCCAUCCACUUUUGCCAAAGCUCGGCAGAUUAUUCAAGCUGAUGGGUUCGGACUCCGGGGGCUCAAUAAAGGGUUACCUGCUACCCUGGGACGUCAUGGAGUUUUUAAUAUGGUUUAUUUUGGAUUCUACUUUAAUGUAAAAAGCAUCAUUCCUGUCAAUAAGGAUCCAACUUUGGAGUUUCUGAGAAAAUUUGGAAUCGGGCUAGUUUCAGGAACAAUAGCUUCAAUUAUUAACAUCCCGUUUGAUGUUGCAAAAAGUAGGAUUCAAGGACCACAGCCGGUUCCUGGAGAGAUCAAGUACAGAACCUGUUUUAAAACUAUGGCAACGGUCUAUAAAGAAGAAGGAUUUCUAGCUUUGUAUAAAGGACUGGUCCCUAAGGUUAUGAGACUAGGCCCAGGUGGUGCAGUAAUGCUUCUGGUUUAUGAGUACGCUUAUGGAUGGUUUCAAGAACACUGGUGAUCAAAAGUGUCACUCUAAGGCAACAUUCUGUUAAAAGCAAUUUAUAAUUUUAAACUAUCUGUAAGCAUGACCAUAUUAUGUACGUAGUCUGACAAUGUUCUUUAUUUAUCAGAGAAGUAAAUAAAGGCUGAUGGCACCCACCUAUUGAACCACAAGGUGGUAUUUCAGGAAGGAGCAAUUCCAUCAAAGGAAAACAAAGCUAUUAAGAGGAAAUUUAUUAUAAAAGGGAAAAGUACAACUAAUUGAAGAAUGUUUAGUUAAUGUUUACACUGUUACUAUGCAGAGCACUCUGCAUAUUCAUGAUGUUACAUGGAUAAUGACAAAGAAAAUGGUGAACUAUCAGCCUUUUGCUUGAUUAAUUGAUUGAUUAAUUAAUUAAUUUAUGUAAGUUACUCUGGGCAAGCCCUUUAUUUAUGUUACAUAUUGAAAUGCUGAAGGAUGUGUAAGAUCAUUUACAACUGAAUAAACAAAAGUUUCCACUCAUUGGUAAGAAGAAAGGUCAUGAUUAAUAGUUACUUAAGGAAGGAACCUCCAUAAUGAUGUUCUAAAACCUGUCCGGGAAUGAAAAUGCACUUAAAAUUGCUGAGGACAGGAUAUGCAAGAAGCAUUAGAAUGUUAUCUACCUGUUUUACAUUUAUAACAUGAAUCAAACAAAAUAGCCUGAAAAAAAUAGACAAAAAUUCCCUUAAUUUUCCAUCCCAUGAUUUAAAAUUGUCCCUGAUAAUUAGUUAACUGAUUAAUCAGACAUAUUAAAACCUGCACCAAAUAGUAAAGAGUACUUUUCCCGAACAACAAAACAUAUUGACUCUUAUGGGAUAGACUGAAUUUUAUCCACUCUGACCAAACUGCAAUAAGAAACCAAACCUUCCUGAUGUUUCUUUGUGCAUUCCGAGUUGCAUGUAAUUAGGGCUGUCCUAUUCUGUUUUUCUGUGGGGAAUUUGUGUGUGUGUAUGCUUGCACGCCUACAUACUUGCAGGAAAUCAAAUCAUCCUGUGUGCAUGAAGAACAUUUACUGAUGCACAGAAAAUAAAGUAAGGGACAGUUCUUUCAGUUAUCAUAAAAGGUAAAAAAUGUAUGCAGUAGAAGAUCAUAACAGGUCUAAUUAUAAAAUAGACUUUAUCCAUAUUUUAUGGACCUGUGCAGUUAUUGUAACUUUCUUCAAGGAUAUUCUUAUUUGAUGAAUAAAAUAUAAGUUGCAAGCCUGAAUGGGGACCUGCCCAAUGCACAAUUAUGCAGACUUAAGGCUCAUUAAAAUCAGUGGAUUUUAAGCUUACAUAAUUCAGCUCUGGAUUGCCUAUAUGAUUGAGUUAUAAUAACUCAUUAAAUUUAGAAAGAGGGAGUUAAAUCAGUUGAAAAUAAAAGGCAAUGGGAUACAUUAUUAAACUUUUUCAGAACUGACAUGAAUGCUUUGAAACUGUAUGUAUACUGUGAUUUUAAGAAUCCUCUUGUGAUCUUCGUGACUCUUGUUUCCUUUAAACGUUUAAUAGAAGAAUACAUA